AUGGCCGAGCCAAUCCAGCAGCUGACCAGGAAUAACAAUCCCCAGGAGAGACAGACCAUCCCAUUUACUGUGAUCCAGCGCAAAGAAAAGCUUGGAGAUCUGCUUUACGAAAAACGUCAGUAUGGAAAAGCCAAGUGGGCUUGUAUAAGAAUGAAAGAAAAACAGUAUGAACAGAGCAUAUGCCUUGGAUUCAUGAAGCUUAUGAGGUACAUCUGUGAGCAGAAUUCCUCAGGACUGUACUUGGGGAUAACAAUACCCAUCGUGACCAUAGUCCACACGAACGAGUCUCAGUCGGAGAUGACACAGUCGGUGACUGUUGCAUACUACCUGCCUGAAGUGCUGCAGGACGAGCCACCUCAUCCUUUCGACUCUGACAUAAUCAUCGAAGAAUGGCCUUCCACCAUCGUUUAUAGUAGGAGCUUCCGAGGAAUCACCAACGAAGACUCUAUAAUGCGAGAAAUAAACCUGCUGGCGGAAAUUCUGGAGAGUCCCGAGUUAUGCCUGCAGGAUACGUUCAUCAUUGCAGGGUACACAAACCCAGCUGCUGCCAAUCGCCACAAUGAGAUCUGGUUCCUCCAAAGGCCAUAG